UCGGGCGUUGCGACGUGCUGGAUCGUUUUGCGGCAGGUCGCUCUCUGAAGUUCAGAAGUCAGCAUAACAACAACACAUGAGCCUGACAUUUAGCAGUCAGUCAUGAUUAAAGUUAUUACAGACCAUCGCAACACAGGAUCUUAGCAGAGAAAAUGGCUAGUACCAUGGUGGCCGUGGGCCUUACCCUGGCAGCAGCAGGGUUUGCAGGUCGCUAUGCAAUGCAAGCUAUGAAACAUAUGGAGCCACAAGUGAAACAUGCUCUGGAAGCAUCCAAAUCUGCUUUUGGUAGUGGAUACUACAGAGGUGGUUUUGAUCCAAAGAUGACCAGGAGAGAAGCUUCCCUUAUUCUUGGCAUCAGUCCUACCGCAAACAAAAACAAGAUCAGAGAGGUACACAGAAAACUGAUGAUUUUAAACCAUCCUGACCGAGGCGGAUCCCCAUAUCUGGCGGCAAAAAUCAACGAGGCUAAAGAUUUACUUGAUGGACAGGCGAAGAAAUAGAUUGUCGUCGAAUGUUUGAACGAGCCCUGUCUGAUGCACUUGAAUUCUUAGUGAUCAUUAAACACCAUCUUGUCAUAUA